AUCAGGAUUAUACCACUUCCUUUAGCAUGCUAUAAAGCUACAGGCAGUUGAAGCGUCUGUAAAUUGUCAGAGAAAGUGCUAGUAUUUCUUCAUAAUGGACUCCACCAUACUCUACAAGUUUGCUAAGAGGCUGAACAGACCUUAUUCAAGAUACAAGACAGCAGCAGAAUGUCCUCCUAAUUGCAGCACUGCUGAAACAGGCCCCAGUGAAAACCAAGUGGCUAGUGAGCCAGUAUAUCAAGAGAUUACUGACAUGAAAGUCGAUGCCAGAAUGAAAAAAUCACCGCCAACCUCCACGUCUUCUAUCAGAGAAAAACCCGAAAAACCAGCACCGUAUAGUGGAACGCUCAUCAAGAGAUCUCUAGACAUGAGUGAUGGAGAUAUCAAGAGUCCUGUCAGCUAUAGGGAUCGCUCCAAGUCAUCAAGUCAUCUUGAGGACAGGAUCACAAGUCAAAUUAUAAUAACAAACAACAGAGCUUCGUCAGUUAGCAGGUAUAGUGCACAGUCACUCCAUAGCGUGCAGUCUGUUCAAAGCCUAAGUCCUUCAAUGUCCAGUACAUCUUCUUCAGUGUUCAAUGGACAUGAAAGACUGCCAGAGAUGCCUGGGAGUACAGCAAUACAGAAAGUGAGAGAGAGUGGGCCAGAAACACAGGAAACUGCUUGUUUACAAAGGGAGAAGAAUAUAUCAAGCAAUUCCUUACUGUCCAGUGAAAGUGCUGCCCCUUUGCCUAUAAACAAGCAAGUAAAAGCUACAGCUAAGCAGAAAGAAGAAGAAGAGAAGAAAGAAGGAAAGAAGACAGCCAUGGAUGGCAGUACAGAAUCAGAGCUCUAUGUCUUCAUGGCAGCCACAGAUUCCAUCAGAGAGUCAAUCUCCUCUCCUCAUCUACUAGAGGACAACAUGUAUGUGACAAUGACCCCAGUAUCACACAGGAGACCAAUGAGAAAAGAGUCUAAAGUCCACGAGUACUACAAUGUCCUCCACAAUGAUAGAAUAGGUCACAGCCUACCAGAUCUAGUGGUCAAACAAACUUCGAUAGAACUCUCUGAAGACGACGAAAAACUCGAAAAGACACCAGCACCACCGACAAAUAAUCCACUAGGCCUCUACGAGGAGGUCGAUUACACUCGCCCUGUACCUCCGCCAAGACGUAAGAAACUUAUGAAGUUACAAAGUCAAACGAUGAAGGUCUCAGAGCAUUCUCCGAGUCCAGCUAGACUGAGUGUUGCGAUAAUACCACCAAAGGAGGAGUCCCCUCAACCAAACAGGUACACAUAUAGCUCCGACUCACGAAACAGCUUUAUACGAAAAAGAACAUCAACAAUGCCUCACAAAAACUCUCCGAACAGACAGAGAAGACCCAUCGGGAUGGUUUUCAACGACAUAGUCAUCUCGGAGGAUUUAGAAAAAGAAAUAUCAGUAUCGCCGCAGUCACCAGUUUCAUAAUCAUCACAAAGAAACACACAUCACAUCACUACUUAAGAAUGCAAAUAUAACCGAGUAUUGGCAGACACACACUAAACCCAGCAGUGAUUCUGUUGACAAAACAGGAUUUAUAAACGCAAUUAAUCACUUUUGACAGCCCUAGCCAACUCAAGUCCAUGUACAAUUGUACAUACACUUCACGUACUAGCUUGUAUUAACAUUAAAAACAUGUUUCUCUGUCCUCCAUACGUAAUAAUAAUAAUACUUCAAAUAAAAUUUAAUUCGUUUUUAAUUAUCUUUAUAUAUGUAAUAUGUAUUAUAAAAUGUUUUUGAAAUGCUUCAA